CAAGAAGCAACAGAGAAAUGGGUUGCACGAAACGAGUUAGUGGAAGCAAAUGGAAUGAGAUUAUUCUUUUGAUGAAAAGCCCAAAGAAAAUACAAAUCUGAGUCGGAUGAUAACUUUAUUAUGAACAAAAAGUAGAUACCCUUCGCAGUUUCUGUGUAUCUCUGUUUCUCUCUCUGUUUUCUUGUUUAUAUGUAUAAGGCAUAAUUAAUGCCUUCAGUUUGCUGUAUUUCCCCUUCUUUUUCUUUUUCUUUCUCUCUUCUUUGCUGGUUUCAACAAUGGCGGAUCAAUUCCCUUUGAUGGAAGAACUCAAAAACAUCAUUCCUAAGGAUAUUUCAUCAUCUUCUUCGUCUUCUUUUGAAGAAUUCGUCUCUGGAUAUUACUUUCAUGGCGAUCCAAUUCUCUGGAGCUCCAUAGCUCGAGCUUCGUGCUCUGAAAAUGGUGAUUCUAAUGGUAAUGAUCAAUCGAAAUCCCCAUCUUCUUCUUCUUCUUCUUCGUCGUCUUUUCGACUGUUUUCGAGCGAAAAAUCUGAGAUUUCUGGUGGGAAUCUGAUCGAAAACUUUCGAGGAAUUCGAAAGUUUGAAAGUAAUCUUCACCCAGAUGGAGAUGGGUUUGUUCCUGUGAAUUUCUUGGAGGCUUCUCCGACUCUGUUUCAAUCUCGAACAGAUUCAACAAAUUUGACUCUGUUUCUUCAAGGAUCCGCCAUUGUUGAUCCGUCCCCUCGAAACCCAUUUCAAAUUCAAGCUCAAAAUGGGCUCCAAUGGCUGAAGAACAAUCAGAAUCAGAGCCAAGCAGCCGCCAUUGCUGCUGUGUCGUCGAGAAAUUACAGCGAUUUCUGGCUGGGAACGACGAAGACGCAGCUGAUGAAACAGAGUGGGAGAAAACAGGGGAAUCACAAAACAGAGUCGACGGCGACGGCGGUUGGGAAGUUGUUUAGAGGCGUCCGGCAGCGGCACUGGGGGAAAUGGGUGGCGGAGAUUCGACUUCCAAGAAACCGGACGAGAGUCUGGCUCGGGACAUUCGACACCGCCGUCGAAGCCGCCAUCGCUUAUGACACCGCCGCCUAUAUGCUGAGAGGGGAAUUUGCACAUUUAAAUUUCCCCGACCAAAAACACCGUCUGAAAUCCAACUCUCUCAACCGAACCACGGCGGCGCUGCUGGAAGCGAAGUUGAAAACGAUCAGUCAAGAGAACACCAGUAGAAAAAAGACUGCCACCUCUACCAUCGCCGCGACUACCACCAUACCCACCAUUGAUUCAUCUUCUUCAGAGAAGAGAUCGAACUUGAGCCAGAAUCCGACGAGGAUUUCGCCGGAAAACAUGUCGGGGAGCGGCAGCAACAAUGGCGGAUCUGAAACAGGGGAGUUGAAGAGAAACCCGGAUGAAAUAUUUGAAAUUGAACAACAUCUUCAACUCAGCACAACGCCAUCUUUGGACAUGGAUACGAUUUGGGAUGCUCUACGUGUUUUAUAAACCUUGAGUGGCAACGAGGA